GAUCUACAACAACAGACAACACGGUGACGCAUCAUGCAGUGCUUUUUGUGCAAGUUGCAAACCCACCAGUGGUGUUUCCUGCUCUUCAAUGUCCUGCUUUUCCACGCUUUGUUGUUCGGGGCCGACUUUGUGGAGGAAUAUCUCCUCCAGCCCACUCCAGGAAUCUACUCUGAUGGCACUGUUUCUGAUGUAAGGGAGAAGGCGAGGAAACUGGACCUGAGCAAUUCCAAGGAUAAUGUGUCUCAAGCCUACCCCAUCUUCAACCCUGACACCUGCCAAAACUCUGAGCUCUUCCUUCUCACUCUCGUCUUCAGCUCACCUGCUAAUGUGACCCAGAGAGAUGCAGUCAGGAAGACAUGGGCGAACCAAACACACUUCCAAGGUUUUCCAGUUCGGAUACUGUUCUUCUUGGGAUCAACUCAAUCUUCCAUCGCACAAGAGGCCCUAGUGAUGGAGUCUGAGCACCAUGGCGACAUGGUGCAAGGUCACUAUGUGGAUGAUUCCUCCCCCCAUGGCUCAGCCAAAAGGACUGUGCUUGCACUCCGUUGGGUCAUCACCUUCUGUCCUGUGGCGAGGUUUGUUCUGCUAACUAAAGACUCUGUGUUUAUCAACCUCCCCGCCAUUGGAGAUUAUCUGCUUGGGUUGCACGGGCACCCUGAGGACCUUUAUCUGGGCAGAGUAAUACAGAGAGAUUCCCCUGAUCAGGACCCAAACAGUCCUGGUUACCUACCCCCAGUUCUCUAUCCUGAUAAGUACCUGCCUGAUUACUGUGAUGAUACAGCUUAUAUAGUAUCUCAAGAUGUGGUCCGAAAACUCUACAUAGCAUCUGCGGUGGUCCGGGUGCCUGUGCCAGCUGGUGUUUUUGUGGGUCGUUGUGCACAGAAAGCUGGUGUAACACCAAUGCACAGUUCCAGGUUCUCCGGAAACAAGCACAUCCACUACAAUGUCUGCUGCUAUCACUACCUGUUCAGCUCAGCAGGAGUAGGAUGCAAGGAACUCAACAAGAUCUGGGUUGACUUGCAGCAUGAGGAUGGAAAAUGCUCACUGUUAAAGACGUACUAUGGCCUGGUGACCUGUAAGGUUCUCACGUACCUGGAUAAACUGUCUUUCUUUAACUCCCAGGACCACGCUGGAUCACAUGAAUAAC